AUGUCUGUUCCGCAAUCAUCCCCCGCCAGCAACCGCAAUGGCACGACAGUCGCUGCCCUCAGCCAGAGCAACCUCAACCAAAUCCCACGAGCAAGCCGCAGCACCGUUGAUCGGUAUACUCGAACACCAGCACCAGAGGGCCCUUACUAUGCUGGUAUGCGAACACAAGAACGCGCAAUCCAUCUCCUCAGACUAUCAAAUAAAGUCAAUGCGGUCGAUGAGAUCUUGAAAAAUUAA